AAAUGCGCGCCAAGAGCACACAUGUACGCAACAAGUACGUGUUUUCUUCCUCUCGCAGUAACUUGUAUAGCAGAAACAACGUCUAGGUUAGAUAAAGCACGUGGGCAUGACAGUGUUGUCAGCGAUAUGGCUCAAAUUUUGAACAUAAUCAAUUCUUUCGAUCAGAAUUCCUCUGAGUAUAACAAAUUCCUUGACACCUUCCUGUCAUCACGUUGCGACAUACCAUUUGCUAAAGACGAGAUAAACUCUGUACAAAAUAGCAUUAUUUCAGCAAUUAAUACCAGAUUAAAUCAGGCAAAUACACGUCGAAGUGGUUUAGAGAUCCUUUAUAAGGUUUUAGCAAGAUACCCGAAAGAAAAUCUGUUGAAAUAUGCUAUUCUUUGGAUUACUAAAGCUACUGCGCCUUUAGAGAACAUUCACAGUGACGUUUAUGAUUUGACAUUGGCAUGCAAAGUGUUAGGUCUUUUAAUAAUAAAUUGCAAAGGAUUAGCGGAAUUGCAGAAGCAAAUAUCCACGCAGAAUGUGAAGCAAAUUAUCUCACUUAUUACAAAUUUAGAAGCAGAAAAAAGAUGUGGAGCAACAUUUUAUCUCACUGCAGUUUUAUUGCAUCAUUAUCCAGAAGCAUGUGAAAAGUUACAAACAUCUAUUAGAACGAUCAUUCUGCCUUUGGUGGAUUCGACGCGGAACAAUUUGGUAAACUGUGGUGCAAGUUGUUACACAUUGUUGGCGAAAGCUACUGUGCGUACAUUCAAACCACCACCUACAAAGUCAACUUAUACUGCAUGGUUAUACAAUGAAGUUUUAUUGUGCAAUAGUUUGCAUGCAAUAAUGGACGAUUUGUUCAGUGGCCUAGUAGAAUUAGAAGAUAUAGAAGUUUCGGAUAAGUUGGAACUUCCAGAGAUAUCACAAGACAAUGUACUUGAAUACUAUCAUGACAUCGAGAGGAGAUUUCUAAAUCUGUGUACUUAUUUAUCAACCAUGUUGUGUUGUGGCUAUGGAGAAAAGAACAGUGUUUCCCCCCAUGAUAUUUUACGAGUAUUGUGCCGUGGAUUGGCUGUGACUCCAACUUGUUUGAAAGGUAACGAUUCCAUAAAGAACCAAAUACUGCAGUUUAUUUUACCCAGUUUACAAGUGGGUUUAAUGUCGGUGCUCGAUGCCCUAAUAAAUGGAUUUCGUCACGAAUUGGCACCGUACGCUUUAACGAUAUUGCAGCUCUUCCAACAAACUUUGAAAUGGACCGAAGCUGAAAUUGAGAGCUCAUCUACGUUUGGUGGUAGUAAACCAUUCAAUCAACUCCGAAUAUCAGUCUAUCAGACUUUGUCAACGUGGCUGGUGAUCAUAGGAUCACUGUCAGGCUUUGAAAUGGUCGCUGACGAGUUCCUGCCACACAUUUCAAAAGAUAUCAUUCCUGAAAGAGAUCGAAUAAUGCUCACGGUUCAAAAGCCUCAACACCUAUCGAGGAAAGCAUUGAAACGAUUACGAGACAGCCAAUAUGAAAACAGUACUACUUUGGGAAACACGACAGAGACUUGUACCGAUCCUUGUUUAAAUGCUGAGUUGUGUAAAAAUGCUCUGUAUGCUUUACAGAAUAUAUUUUUCAGUGCCGGAUGUUGGUUGAAACAAUCGUUCUAUACAAAUAUUCAGAACAUCGUAGUAAUUCUUCUGUAUGACUUUUACCUGGGAUCUGCUGGAAAGACAUUUUAUAGUGAAAAUGUUGAUUGUCGAUUACAUCUGUUGAAGACCCUGAAAGCUGUUCAACUGAAUCCUCAUCCCCUAGUUCCACCUCCAACUCAAUAUUCCAUAGAAAUCUUCGAAAUGGCAUUAAGCGAUGUCAACACGAACAUAAUACAGGAAUCACAAGUAGGGUUAAAGGAAUUGGAAAAAAUUGUUCACCCUGCUGCGCCGACGUUGGACUUACCAAUUCCGGAAAAUGUAAUAGGAAAUCAGAAUGACUGCGAGAUGGAGUGUUCCGAACCAAUUAAUCACACAGGGUCUGUCAAUAUCCAGAACGGUGUUUAAUUUAAUUUUGGUGAUUCUACAACAUCGACAAUUUGUUCUGCGCCUUUCGCCAAUUCUUUAACCGUGUCGACAGUGAUCUUAUAAAGGUUGCACGAAGUGGACUGCAAUCGUUCCGUAAGACCAGUCCAUAGUGCCAUUUCGCAGUACCUGU